CACGGGGGCGAAAAGCGCUGUGAUUUCGCACACAAGACCACGCCCCUGUUAUUGUCUUCCGUGAUUAGUCAAUCCAUUUAGUGCAGACGAAUGGGUGAGUCCUCAUUUGCAUUAGUCCCUCCUCCAAACUGACGCACUGGGCGAUACUGCAGUUCUCGCUCCUGGCGCUCCGUCAUCUGCAUAGCCCCGCCUCCUCUUUGCAGUUCGUUAUCACGAGCGCGAAGUUAACCCCGCCCUCGGGUGUGGCGCUCUCGCUCCUGGCUCCGCCUCUCCAUAUAAGGCUACUGUCUGCGCAGUCGCUGCGUCACUUCUCACAGAGAUCCGUCACCCAGGCUCCGGUGAGACUUUUAACCCUUUGCCAGCCUCUUACCCGACCCCCGCUACUACGACAGCAUGAGGGAAUGCAUUUCAGUCCACGUUGGCCAAGCUGGAGUCCAGAUGGGCAAUGCCUGCUGGGAGUUGUACUGCCUGGAGCAUGGAAUACAACCAGAUGGACAGAUGCCCGAUUCCAAGGCCAUUGGUAGCUCAGAUGAUUCCUUCACUACCUUCUUCAGUGACACCGGGACUGGUAAACACGUUCCCCGCGCUGUGUUUGUCGACCUGGAACCCACGGUGAUCGAUGAGAUCAGGACUGGUAAGUACCGCCAGCUUUUCCACCCAGAGCAGCUUAUAAGUGGCAAGGAAGAUGCAGCCAACAACUACGCCCGAGGCCACUACACCAUAGGCAAGGAGAUCAUUGAUUCUGUCCUGGACAGAAUCCGAAAGCUGGCCGAUCAGUGCACAGGUCUGCAGGGAUUUUUGGUUUUCCACAGUUUUGGUGGUGGCACUGGAUCAGGCUUCACCUCCCUCUUGAUGGAACGUCUCUCUGUUGACUAUGGCAAGAAGUCUAAGCUUGAGUUCGCCAUCUACCCUGCCCCCCAGAUCUCCACGGCUGUGGUUGAACCAUAUAACUCCAUUCUCACCACCCACACCACACUGGAGCACUCAGACUGCGCCUUCAUGGUGGACAAUGAAGCCAUCUACGACAUCUGCCGCAGGAACCUGGACAUUGAGCGCCCGAGCUACACUAAUCUGAACAGACUUAUUAGUCAGAUCGUGUCCUCCAUCACAGCCUCUCUCAGGUUUGAUGGUGCUCUGAAUGUUGACUUGACAGAGUUCCAGACCAAUCUGGUGCCCUACCCCCGUAUCCACUUCCCCCUGGCCACCUAUGCCCCCGUCAUCUCUGCAGAAAGAGCUUACCAUGAGCAGAUCUCCGUGUCGGAGAUCACCAACGCUUGCUUCGAGCCGGCCAACCAGAUGGUGAAAUGUGACCCCAGACACGGCAAAUACAUGGCUUGCUGCCUGCUGUACCGUGGUGAUGUUGUCCCCAAGGAUGUCAAUGCCGCCAUCGCUGCCAUCAAGACCAAGCGCUCCAUCCAGUUUGUGGACUGGUGCCCAACAGGGUUCAAAGUUGGUAUAAAUUACCAACCACCGACUGCGGUUCCUGGUGGAGAUCUGGCCAAGGUGCAGCGCGCUGUGUGCAUGUUGAGUAACACCACCGCCAUUGCCGAGGCCUGGGCUCGCCUGGACCACAAGUUUGACCUGAUGUAUGCCAAGCGUGCCUUUGUGCACUGGUAUGUGGGUGAGGGUAUGGAGGAAGGAGAGUUCUCUGAGGCCCGGGAGGACAUGGCCGCCCUGGAGAAGGAUUAUGAAGAGGUUGGGUUAGACUCUUACGAAGAUGAAGAAGAAGGAGAGGAAUAAAAAACUAAAAAAAGUGUCCUUGUCUAUAAGUUUAAUCAUCCAAUAAACAUAAGUUGAAACUUUA